AGUUGUGGCUUUUCCACUUCCAAUCCCUAAUUUAUUGCCAUCCAUUUCCCAUUCCCAAACCAGUCACUACGCUCACCACAUAAAAUCGUUCUCAUUUCUCCUAUCCUUGAAUCAAGUGAUCCCAAAGUCUAAAAGCCUUUAACGUUUUUUUCUUUGUUGAAAAUUAGACACCGAACAAAGGGAAUGGCUGCAAGAACAGUUGCCAAAGACAUAAUCACUCUUCGUGGUUCCGCAGCAAUCGUUAGCGAGUUCUUCGGAUAUGCUGCCAACAGCAUUCUUUACAAUCGCGGAGUUUAUCCGGAAGAAAGUUUUGUGAAGGUGAAGAAAUACGGGCUCCCCAUGUUGCUCACUGAAGACGAGGGUGUCAAAUCCUUUAUAACCAAUCUAACUGCUCAGCUCUCUGAAUGGCUUGAGGCUGGCAAGUUGCAGAGGGUGGUCCUUGUUAUAAUGAGCAAGGCCACCAGUGAAGUGCUUGAAAGGUGGAACUUCAGCAUUGAGACCGACGGUGAAGUUGUUGAAAAGGGUGUCUCUCGAGAGAAGAGUGACAAAGAAAUAAUGAGAGAGAUACAAGCGAUUAUGAGGCAGAUUGCUUCAAGUAUCACCUAUUUACCUUGCCUGGACGAACCUUGUGUUUUUGAUGUGUUGGCGUACACUGACAAAGAUGUGGCAGUUCCUUUCACUUGGAUUGAAAGUGAUCCAAAACUUAUUGCAAAUCCACAAAUGGUGAAAUUGCAUUCCUUCGACACUAAGAUUCACAAGGUUGACACACUCGUAUCAUACAAGAAUGACGAAUGGGAUGAACAGUAGAGGAGUCCCUAUUGUUCGUUCUCAGGUCUUGCAGUGAAUUUUCUAUUCACAAUGUUAUAUGUGUGUACUGCUAUGUGUCAACUAGUACGUAGUUUUAAUCCUUCCUUCUGUGUGUUUGACUUGUUGUGGCUGUAAGAAUUGCCAUCUCAAGAAUUCUUCCUCUUCGUCAGAAGGCUGGAUUCAUCAAUCAUUUCAGUUUUAUAAGAUAAUA